CAGGGGUGUUAUUUACAGCCUGCAGGACGAAGAGCUGUACUGUAUUAUACCUGUGCAGACACUACCUGCAACAUUUCCGUGAAUAUAAGAGAGGUGGCCUGCUACUCGCAGAGGAGGCAUUUAUGGUCUCCGUUUCUUUGACGCGAUGAGGUUAACAGCACUGUGCGUAUGUGGGACCCUGCUGGCCUUUUUGAGCCUCUCUUGGACCACAGCAGACUCUGGUGAAGGAGACCUCCUGGGGGCUAAGGGAUUUGGGCCCUGCACUGCAACUCUGCAAAUUGAGGGGCUGUGCAGAGAGGGGCAGGAUGAGAACACAUGCCCCUACCUCUUCAGUCUGCCACCGUUGACUGUUCAUUUGCCAAAGCAGCUCGGAGAACUGGAGAAGAUCAUGACGGAUCUGCAGAAGCUGAAGGACAAUGUGGAUCAACUGAGGAAGAUGUGUGCAGAUUGUACAGUAAGCCAAACUGAGAGAGAGUGUGGAAGGCAAAGAGAAAGAGAGCAUGUGAAACUGAAUGAAGGUACAUAUGGACCUGAGGAUGAGAGUAACUGGGCGAAUGAGAGAAAUCCUGACAGACUAAAAGAUUUUAGACAGGAGUGUGGAACAGACAGUGUUAAAGUGGAAAAGAUUAUGGAAGGAGAUGGUAACACUGAUUCAGAAAAAGGAACAAUUCUGGAAGAGAGAGAGAGAAAGAAAUGGGAAGCAGAAAGAGAGAGCUAUGAAGGGGUCAUAAAAGAAAAUGAGAAAGCAGAAACCUUAAAAGAAGUGGCAGAAAAAGAUGGAAAAACUCAGACAGAGGGGGCAAAAGGAAAGGACGAAUUGGGGCAGUUAGAGAAGCCAACUGCUGGUGGAAAUGAGAGAAUAGUGGGUAUGAUGAGAGAGAGGGUUGAAAAAAAUAACAGAGAGACAGAGACAGAAAGAAAUAAAGAAAAAGGUAGAAAAUGGGAUUCAAAGGGAGAUCCAGACGAUAACUUGGAGAAUGGAAAAGAAAGAGAGACGACCACUAAUAUAAAAAAUAAGGAAAAAACAGAAGAAAGUGACCAUCAUGUGUGGCGAGAUGAAACAAAGGAAACAGACGAAAAGACCCGAACUGAAGAAGACAGGGGGAGUGAUGGAACAAAGAUGUCUGAGGACCAUGAUGAGCAUAUAAAUAAGGAGCAGGAGCAGCACAAGGAGGACAGGAAAAAGAAAAUAGAAAACAGAAUAAAAGGGGAGCGAAAUAAUGAGAAACCAAAACAGACUGAAAGCAUCAGGCAUGCAGGAAAAGAGAAAACUGUAAAAGAGGGGAAGGGGGAGGAGAAGGACAGGGAGACAGGCAAGGAGAUCAAAACAGAAGGAGAAAAAGUGGUCCAGAGUGUACAGAGAGACAGUGAUGGAGAAUUAACAUCAAACAAAGCAACUGAAAGGACAGACUUUGUUUCAUUCAGCCCGACUCUUCAAUCCUCCAUAAGUUUAGCUCCGAGACAUGACUCUAUGGACUCAAACGAAGCUACAAUUCUUACGUCAUCUCUUCCAUCUCCUCCUUUGUCCAGUUCACAUUUGAUACCAGAUGUCACUCAAGGGAUGACGGUAGCCGCUAAUGGACUACUAACCCUAAGCACAGAAGGUGUAGCAGCGGGCAUUUCUGAGCACCCUCACCCCGAUGCAGAGGCAGGCUUUAGGGCCACAAGUAGGUCAACAACAGCCACAGUAAGGUCAUUGGGUGGCCCCGGACAACAGAUAACCAGUACGACUACUAGGUUCACCUCUACAACUAGUCCAAGUCCAAGUCCAGGCUUCCAGGAUCAAGUUAGCUCAACUACAGCAACUACAACCAGCACAACUCCCAGUCAGAAUUUGUACACAACUACAUUCCCAGGAGUUGCAGAUGGCAGCCGUUGGACAGCUAAAACGAACAUUGGCUCAAACACUAAGAUGGUCUUGAAACCUCUACCAGGUCGAGGAGCAAAGCCCGGUGAAAAGUAUAAACCUGGAAUGAAGCCUGAAGCAGACCGAAAACUAAAAAAUCCUAAGAAUGACCGUAAACAAACAAAACACAACCAAAAGCAGAGGCCUUCUCACCAAAAACCCGCAGCUGACCAGAAACCCAAACCUGGCAAAGACCCUCAACAGGUCCAAAUUCCAAAACCUGACCAGAGAGUAUCACCUGAUAAUUUAACUACUGAUCAAAAUUUGAAAAACAAAACAAUACCUAAGCGUGACCAAGACCGUACAACUGUUCAGAACAAUUUAUUUGAUCAAAAGCCAAAAUCUCAUCAGAAGUCUAUACCUCCUGUCCAGAGACCUAGAUCUCAUCAAAGACCUGUAACUGUAAACACAACCGGUUCUGAUACAGAUCCUCUGACUGGCCGAGAGCCUGAAUCUGUUGAAAUCACAACUGUUCGUCAAAACUCCAAACACGAGAAAAAGCUGCAUCAUCGUCUCAAAACAAACAAGCCUGAGCAAAAGCAAAACCCUGAGAAAAAGCCAAAAAGUGAAGAAAAAGCAAAACCUGAUCAAAGGUCUGAACCUAACCAGUAUUUCACACCUGUUCAAGAGCCUGAAUCUGAAAGUGAUAACCAAAAGUCUGUAACAGAAUUAAUGGGAAAUUCUUACGAAAAUACUUCUCCUGAGCCUAAAUCUUACCAAGUCUCAACACUUGGACAAAAGCUUACACUUGAUCGUAUUAAUAUUACCCCUGAUCAAAAGCCUGAACCCAGCCAGAACAUUCUUAUUCUUAACCAAAACCCUAAACCUGGCCAUGAACCUUACCAAAAACAUCCAGAGCCCACAACAGGCCAAAAGACUGAACCAAAUUUGAACCCUAAACCUGGCCAAGCACCACAAACAAAUCAGGGCCUUAAAACACGUCAGCCUGGCCAAAUGCCUAAUCCCAACCCAAAAUCUGUGCCUGAUGAAAUCCCUGAGGCAGAAUCCAACAAAACAUCCAAACCAAGGCCUCCCCCUGGACAUAGACCACCAAUUACACCUACUCUCAAGCCAGGAGCAACAUCUGUUCAAAGGCUAAAACCAGCGGUGCAACUAAAGCCAAGCCCAAAGACCAAAGCAGAUUUAGAUCCUCCUCAUAUCAGCGGGACUACUUCAGAUGGCAUCCAAAAUUCUCAAACUGACAUGCCACCUACAUCUGGUCCCAUAAAACAGACUGCUGUCACUCUGGGUGCAAAGACUUCCAGCAGCCUGGAGACUCGACCCUUCCCUCUCCUUCACACUCUCCCUGAAGGCUUCACGAUGAGCCCAAACAGCAGGAUUACGUCUGAUCUGAGGCCACAAACAGCCGGUCAACCAUCAUCGAUCCCAAUGACAACAAGACCAAACAAAAUCAUCUGUGGGAUCCUCCCAAGUGUUAUCCCUAGCACCACUCCAGGAUCCACAAAGCUAAAUCUAGCUUCUAAUACUGACACCGGCUUACAAGCUAAGAUACCUCACAAUGUGGAGGAAACAGCGCCCAAACAAACUCCAGAUCCAGGGAAAAUGAUGAUUCCAGUCCCUUCCCCCAGUGCACAAACUGACUUCUUCAGGUCAACAACCCCUGCCACCUCUGGCUUCAAGCCCUCCGCUGCUGAGUCUUCCACUCCCAGUACACGUGAGCUGCGUGUGAAAAUCAACCAGGUGGCUGCUUUCAUCAAUAACAGCUUGAGUCCAAGUGGACCAUCACUGGAUAGGCGUCCAAAAGAGCACCCUGAGUACAACCAGGGAGGCAACAGGCCUGACCGCAAACUGCCAACACGGAUACCAUUUAAAGUCACCACGGUGAAAAGAGACUGCUCAGACCACCUGCUCCGAGGAGAAACAAAAAGCGGAGUGUACCAAGUGACCCCUGACAUCCGUAGCAAAACCUUCCCAGUGUUCUGUGACAUGGAGCUGGGUGGAGGAGGAUGGACCCUCGUGCAGCGCCGUCUGGACGGCAGCGUGAGCUUCAACCGCACCUGGGCUGAGUACCGAUCAGGCUUCGGGGAGCUGGACGGAGGAGAGUUUUGGCUGGGUAACAAUAUGAUCCACCUGCUGACCCGGGACAGGGACAUGGUGCUGCGGGUGGAGCUGGAGGAUUUUGACGCAGUGAUGGAGUAUGCAGAGUACGAGCAGUUCAAGGUGGCAAGUGAGCGUCUGCGCUACAGGCUGACAGUAGGAGGUUACUCUGGUACCGCGGGUGAUGCUCUCCGCUUCAGCAAAACUUAUGAUCACAACAACAGGCCGUUCACCACCCCGGACAGGGACAAUGACCGCUAUCCUUCCGGGAACUGCGGGGCCUACUACAGCUCCGGCUGGUGGUUUGAUGCCUGCAUGGCUGCAAACCUCAACGGGAGAUACUACGUGGGAACGUACACUGGAGUCCGGGAUGGGAUUUUCUGGGGGACGUGGCAUAAUAUAUCGACAGAGUAUUACCCCACCAGUGACAGACGGUCUUUUAAAACUGUCAGGAUGAUGAUCAGACCAAAAGGCUUUGCACCAUGAGCUGCGAGUCUGUCUGGGCAUGUUUGAAAACAAAAUUAACACAAAGGGUGUAACUGCUAACUCCAACCAUAAGCUCCUGAGGUGCCCCUUUCAGUUUUAAUAAAACCUAUCAUAAUCUCCGCACAGUUGUUGUUCACCAUUUACACAAUACUGCCGCCUUGUGGUGGUUGAUUUUGCAAUAGCCUACUGGUUUGUAUACAACUUAAUGACAAUAACUGAGGAUGUACAUAGUUAAGGCUGUAGUCCUUGUUACAUAGUAUCUUUUUUUAAAUAACCGUUUAAUAUUAAUAUAUCAUAACGUUGUUAUUUUUCUUUAUAUGAGAGGAAUUUGUUCAGUGACGACAGAGAGAAAUCCUCUUGUUAUUUUUCUAGUCUGAAUCUGACAGGUAUGAAGCACAGAGACGGAUGUUUUUUUAUUACAGUACUGGAAAGCCAAUUGAUGUUGAUUGAAGCUGUUUGGGAUGUUUUAUAAUAAAGUUCGUUUUGUUAAGAUAAAUAAAAUAAAUUUACAUAAAUG